AUGGCUUCUAGGAAAGGGGCUAUCUUGAAGGUUAUUGUCCUUGGCGAUAGCGGUGUUGGAAAGACGAGUCUGCUGAAUCAAUAUGUCAACAAGAAAUUCAGCGCCAGUUACAAGGCUACCAUCGGUGCCGACUUCUUAAUUCAGAAGGUCCUCAUCGACGACCAACAAGUCACAGUGCAGCUCUGGGAUACAGCCGGUCAGGAGCGCUUUCAAUCUUUAGGUGUUGCGUUCUACCGAGGUGCCGACUGCUGCGUGCUGGUUUUUGAUGUCAACAACUCCAAGAGUUUCGAUUCGCUAGAUUCCUGGAGAGAUGAGUUCUUAAUCCAAGCUUCUCCGAGGGAUCCCGAAAACUUCCCUUUCGUCGUCCUUGGAAACAAGAUCGAUGUCGAUGAGAGCAAGCGAGUAGUCUCGAGUAAGAGGGCAGCUACUUUCUGCCAGUCUAAGGGCGAUAUCCCCUACUUUGAGACUAGUGCGAAGGAGGCGGUCAACGUUGAGCAAGCAUUUGAUGUCAUUGCACGGCAUGCCCUGGCACAAGAGGAGUCCGAAGAGUUCAGUGGCGACUUCCAAGACCCUAUCAACAUCCACAUCGAGAACGACCGCGAUGGAUGCGCAUGUUAA